AUGACACUCGCCAGCGCCGCUGCCCACCGUUACGCGGAAGCGUUCGUCGAAUCCGCUGCCGCCAAGGGCGAUGCAGCACUCCAGACCCUUCGCAGUGAGCUCAACGGGCUCUCCGCCGCGGUCGACGAGUCCGACGACCUGUCCAACCUUCUGAUGAACCCGGCGUUUACGAACGACGAACGCAAGAAGGCACUCGACAUCGUGCUCGAUAAGAUCGGCGUGUCCACGCUGACCAAGCGCUGCCUCGGUCUGCUCGCGGAACGCGAUCGAAUCAACGAGCUCAAAGAGAUCGCCGUGGUCUUCGACGAAAUGGCCGACGCGCGCGCCGGGCGUGAGCAGGCCUUUGUCGAAUCCGCGACCGCGAUGCCCGAAGCCGCGGUGGAUCAACUCCGUCGUGCACUCGAGAAGCGAACCGGUAAGAAGAUCGAGAUGAACGUCAGCGUCGACCCUUCGCUGAUCGGCGGCGUCCGCGCUCGCGUUGGCUCGUACGUUAUGGACGGCACGAUCAAGACCGAGCUCACCCGCCUCCGCGUCUCGCUCGAAUCUGAGUAG